CUCUGCCUUCUAGAAGUCCUGGAGGUUUUGAUUUGAAAACUCCUCCUGUUGUUAAGCAGUUGGUCCUGGGGUGGCUGCUAGCGUCCCUCCCUGAGUCACAAUCCCUCUCAGGAUGGAAACCCCAGCUCCAGCUCCUCAAUCCCAGAUUUUGGGCCGCUCCUCCAUGUUCCACUUUCUCUGUAGCCUGGUGGGGAGAAAAGGCAGCCCAAGGCGCUCUGGGAAGGCCGUGUUGGGGGAUGGGGGUCAGGUAUGCCCUUCCCAAGAGCGGAACUCCGCCCCCUUGAUGACGGCGCUGGGAGGAGUGGGGAGGAUGGAGCCCAGGCUGCCUGCCAUGCUGCCCUCCAGCCUCCCUGUGGCCAUGCCACUGCACGAUCCUCUGGGGCUGGGGCUGGGGGACACAGGGGCCCAAACCCCCACCCCCACAGAGGUCCUGAGGGUUGUGGCCCAGGGUGUAGAGGUGGAGUACAUCCUGCCCAGAGGAAGCCAGGAGGUGAUGGGCAACCUGUUUGAGAGGAGGGAAGAUGAGGAGGAGGAGGCAGCAGGGGAGGCGUCUGGGGAUACAGGGACUUCACGCAGGAGCCACUUUGCCCAAGGCCUGGAAGUGGAGCAAAGAUGCCCGCGGGCCAUGGGGCCAGUGGACAUCAGCCACAAGGCCUUCACCAAGGAGAAGGAGGAGUGUCUGCUUGCUGGUGAACCUCAGGCUGGCUUCCUCAAAGAUGGGGCAACUCCCUGCAACUGCCUCCUCACCUUGUAUAGGCAGCUUCAGAAAUCGGCCGUGGUCCAGUUUCUUCUCCAGGAAGGCUUGCCCCACCAGGAGAAAGGCAAGGAGUAGGAAAUGGAGGGAGAGGACAGCUUGUCCGAGCUCUGUGUCCCAAGCAUCGUCACCCAGUCGCCGCUGCAUAAGACGUUUAAGUCAACAGAUACAGUGGGUUUCAUGGAGUCAGAGUUAAAGAAGCUUCUUGCAGUAGAGCGGGAGUCCCACCUCUGGAAGAUGGGCAGCCAAGAGCGCCAGGAGCUGCUGACUCAGCCAGAGAUAGUCCUGGAGGAGGCGGGCAUUGUGGGUGGUCAGCACCUGCUCCUUGAGGAGACGGGCAAGAUGGGAAAUUGGCCUCUGGAGGGAAGAUGGCACUGGCCCUGA